AUGGCUCGUGCUGCUAUCCUUUUCGCCAUCCUCUCUCUCCUCGCCGUCGCCGCCACGGCGUGCAAUGUCCCGCCUGGCGGGUGCCACGUCACCAAGGUGUGCCAGAAGCUCGUCAAUCUCGAGAAAUACAACAUCACGGAGCAAAAUUUCCGCAAGUACUCGCUGAUUGGCUACUUCAAGGGCAUGUUCAACAGCCAGGGCGGCAAAGUGAAACCCCAGAAGCCCGGAUCAGGCCCCCUGAACCUCGAGAUCUUCCAGGAGGUGGGAAAUUUCGUCGAGGUGGUAACCAGCACCAAGGGCAACACCCUCGCCAAGUGCUGCGCGGCGUGCGCGAAAUCCAUGGACUGUUACGAGUACCACUUUUUCGUGAGCCCUCGUAUCGAGGACAACGCGAACGUGAAGAACUUCCGCGACGGCGUGCAGUGCUACCUGCUGCAGAAAAACGCGGGCACGGGCAUGUCAGGCGGCCUGUCCCACCCGUACGCAGGUGACAGGAAGGAGCAGGCGGCCAUGGCGCCGUAUUUCCCGCUGAGCUGGGGCAUUCCUCCUGCUGUGGCUGGUGCUGCUUCUGCUGCUGCUGUUGCGCCUAGCACUGGCCUGCACACCUGGAUCAAGGAGGUGGGAGUGGUGUGGGUGUCAUCUGGCGGCAAGCAGCACUCGCUGCGCAUGGUGGCGCGCACAGGCAACCAGCAGGACAGGGGGGCCAACGGCUUCCUCGCUCUCAUGCAGGUGGACGGCGCUGACGUGGCACCACCUCGCCUCAUGGAAGAAGCAGUGGAGGCGGAGGGGGGAGUGGUGGUGACCAAGGUGGCGGAGGGGCGGGAGGGGCUGUUUGACGUGGAUCGCUACACGGUGUCUCUGGAGGGAGUGGGUGAGCUGGACGUGCGCAUGCGCGUGGCGCACCCCCUGCUGCAGACUCCUGAGGAGGCGGAGGCUCACUUCAACAUUGCUCUUACUGACAUUGUGACCACCCCUGCGACCUUCCGCGACACGCCCGAGCAGCAGAGCAGGGCGCUGCGCUACACGCACCUGUCGGCGCUGCUGCACCACCCCAUCGCCGCGGACCAGGAGGAGGGGCGGGGCUUCCUGGACGGCAGCGUGGAGGACUAUGUGUCGUCCGCCAUCACCGUGCCUGACUGCCGCUUCUCCGCCUUUGCCGGCCGCCAGGGGGCUGCUGCGGUUUCUGGUGGCGCUGCUGCGGUUUCUGGUGGCGCUGCUGCUAGUGGGACUGGUGCUGGUGCUGUUGUGGUUACUGGUGCUGGUGCUGUUGCGGUUACUGGUGCUGGUGCUGCAGGGAGUGGUGGUGCGGAUGGGGAGGAAGCUACAGAGGAUGUUCUGGCCAGCGUGGUGUAG